CAAGCAUUCCUUUUGUCCGAGGGUCGGGGUGGCGGGGACUGGGUGGGCUGCUGGGAGAGAGUUUGAGAGAGCCAAAAUCAGCCAGGGAAUGACUUAAAUACUGCUGUUCGCAAACCUCUCCUCCCUUUUAUAUUCAGUCUUCAAGAAAGAUGCUGUGGAGAAAUAAAUAUUUUGCCUUGUUGGUCGCCGCUGGAAAUAGAAGUUUUUUCACUGCAGGGCAAUCCUGUAACUGUGAUUCCCAGCUUUAGGAGGUCUCAAGCUGCCCUUCCCAAUGACCUUCCUUCCCACCAGACCUUUUCACUCACACCGAUACUGCCCUCUGCACAAGCCACAGUGCCCCAAUAUGUCAAGCUGGAGAUGCACAAAUAAUUUCAAGUUCAGCUCUCAGGGAUUCAAGGGGCAUGGAAGUUCUCGCAGCAAAUCCUGAAUAAAGCGUUCAUUAAACCAAUGUGUCGGAGUAGUUUGAUUUGUGAUACGCAACCCUGUAAAGGGGGGGGUUGGAGCCACAUAAACAUAAAUGCUAAUAAAUUAGUGUACUCCACUACAGAGUAAUUACUCGAUAUUAUUGAUAUUUACAGCGAGUAUUCAAAUGCAAUGGUGAGCCAUCAUUUAGAGAAAAUACAUAAUGAGAAUAUUUCUUUUGCGGUGCAAUACACGAUUAGAUUUUGUUAUUGUGUCAGUUACAGUUAGCUCAGCAAUAAAUAAAUAAAUCGAUGUUGACACUUAAAUACCAAAGAUCUUAGAGGUUAUACUCUAAAUCUCCCCGAGAUAUAUAAAUACCUUCGGCUAUUUCCUGGAUGGGGAAAGGGAAAAGGUUAUUCUUUUUCAUUUUUCAACUUUCCUUCAGCGACAUCCAGUUCCUUCCAAGAAGAUAGGUGUGGGGAGGCCUCAGAGCUGGACCCCUCCCAGUGCCUGGCCCUGCCUGGCUGCUCUAUGCCCUUCUCUUCUGCUUCUCCCAAACAUUGUUCAUUCAGUCCUGCAGGAUGGCAAGCAUUUUUCACCAUCUCAUUUUUUUUUUCUUUCCUCUUCCCAAGAAAGCUAGACUCAUACUAGCUGCUAUGGCCUCUGUCUCUCUCUUUAGCUCAAACCUAGCCUUUUCAAAGCGUUCUUUUCACCCAAGGUGCUGGGAGGUUCAGAAAGACGUCUCUUUUCUUUGGCAUUGUGUCCCUUCUGUGGGAUGAGUAGCCGGAAAGGCGCCGAGCCUUCUGAGUUUCUGCCCUGCACAUCCCUGGCUCUCAAGCUUUGCAGAGGAAAGGUGGCGUGUUACCCCUUUCUCAGCCACGGCUCCCUGGCCCUCGCCCCCUGCUCACUGCCCCCACUCUCCCUACAGCUCUGGAGCUCAGCUGUGGGCUCCCGGAAGGUGCAGCAUACCCAGGAGAAGUCUCCUUGGAUGUCAGCGCCUCUAAAGCAGCCCAAGGCUCGCCUCAAUUCCAUGGUUCCCCGAGUCCUCAGCUCCAGAAGACCAGGCAGGGGGGCGGGCGGACCAGUGCGCAGCGGCGCAGCUCCCACGCCUCUGGCUCUGCGGUGUCACUCCGAACCCCGGCAGACAGCGAGGAGGAGCGCGUUUCUCCAAGGGCAGGGCGUGGGGUGAGGAGGCCGGCAGGGAGAAUGAAAGGGAGGUGGAUCCCGGGUGAGACGAAGGGCUUUCCGGGACCUGCGGAUCCCUGACAAACCGCGGGGGAAGCCGCCCAGGUUGUUGGCGGUUUAGGGACGGAAGGCACUAAAGCGCUUCGGAAGUGACCAUGAAUGCGAGCGUGUAAUCAAGUCACCGUGCAAAUCGGGCGAGCCACGAGGCAGGCACAUCCACGGCUGCAAACCCUGUCCCGAAGGGGGUCCGGCCAAAGUCGGAGGCAGAGGUGGUUCCCAAAGCAAGCCUGUGGGAGGGGGACAGCGAAGAAGGAGGUGCGAACGCGAGCCUCCAGGCGAAUAGAUUCCAAGACCACGCACGGGCCACGCAGCGACGAGCUCCCACCCGGCCACCCCCAGCCUGGGGCUUCCCUCACCCGGGGAGUGGUGGGUGGCAGGAGUUGAGCUCUCUCACCGCCCUCGGCGCACUCGAGGGCCAGGACCGUGCAGCUGAGCACAAGCAAUUGGCACGGGGUAGCACCCAGCCUCGCCGCGCGCCGGGAGGCCCCCCCAGCCAACAUGUGUUACACCGGCGAUUACGUGCUUUCGGUGAGAACACCGAGUGACGAUCUGUUGCUUCCCCUGAGGUGGCUACAAAGAAAGGAAGCUGGGGGCGGGGGGGGGCGUGUGGAAGAAAGGAAAGGAAAGGGGGGGGGGAAGGUCCGGACUAGCUAGCAGCUUGUCAAUUUCAACAUCGGGUCACAUGACCAGCACCUCCCUGCUAAGGAUGGGGAUAGAUUUCCACGUCAGCUUACGUCUCCAAAUUUCUACUUCACGGAUCCGCUUCAAAGAGGCAGCUGCAGUGGAGAAUCAUGUUAAGCUCGGCUACUGCGGAAAGCCCAAGGUAGCCCAAUGAUGGAUUUUGAUGAGCGUGGUCCCUGCUCCUCUAACAUGUAUUUGCCAAGUUGUACUUACUACGUCUCGGGUCCAGAUUUCUCCAGCCUCCCUUCUUUUCUGCCCCAGACCCCGUCUUCGCGCCCAAUGACAUACUCCUACUCUUCCAACCUGCCCCAGGUCCAACCCGUGCGCGAAGUGACCUUCAGAGAAUACGCCAUUGAGCCCGCCACUAAAUGGCACCCCCGCGGCAAUCUGGCCCACUGCUACUCCGCGGAGGAGCUCGUGCACAGAGACUGCCUGCAGGCGCCCAGCGCGGCCGGCGUGCCUGGCGACGUGCUGGCCAAGAGCUCGGCCAACGUCUACCACCACCCCACCCCCGCCGUCUCGUCCAAUUUCUAUAGCACCGUGGGCCGAAACGGCGUCCUGCCACAGGCUUUCGACCAGUUUUUCGAGACGGCCUACGGCACCCCGGAAAACCUCGCCUCCUCCGACUACCCUGGGGACAAGAGCGCCGAGAAGGGGCCCCCGGCAGCCGCGGCGACCUCCGCGGCGGCGGCGGCGGCGGCGGCGGCAGCGGCCACGGGCACGCCGGCAACUUCAAGUUCGGACAGCGGCGCCGGCGGCUGCCGGGAGGCGGCGGCGGCGGCGGCGGCGGCGGCGGAGGAAAAGGAGCGGCGGCGGCGCCCCGAGAGCAGCAGCAGCCCCGAGUCGUCUUCCGGCCACACUGAGGACAAGGCCGGCGGCUCCAGUGGCCAACGAACCCGAAAAAAGCGCUGCCCCUACACCAAGUACCAGAUCCGGGAGCUGGAGCGGGAGUUCUUCUUCAGUGUGUACAUCAACAAAGAGAAGCGCCUGCAGCUGUCUCGAAUGCUCAACCUCACUGACCGUCAAGUCAAAAUCUGGUUUCAGAACAGAAGAAUGAAGGAAAAAAAAAUUAACAGAGACCGUUUACAGUACUACUCGGCCAACCCGCUCCUCUAAGGCUCCAGCCAACUGGAACUGGGUGGGGGGCUUCAUACACAUGAGAUUAUAUGCAGAUUUUGACCUUGACAAGGUCACGGCACGCGGUGACUUUUGAAGAAAUGUGAUGUGCAAGAGAGGGGAGGCUACACGGAGACAGCCUGGAAGGAGGCCGCUCGGGACGCUCCUGGGCAUCGGUGGUUAAGAUUUCUAACAGUAAUUGGAUUCGGAGAGUUGUGCAUCAGCGAGAAUGAAUGGUUCGGGGCCCCUGGUGGUUCACUCUUGGAGACUGCAGAGCUUCGGGUUGGGUGUGGUCUCCAUCAGGGACUGGGCCCCCUCCAGACCCCCUGGAGAAUGACCCCGACCAGGGACCCUCCACAUGGAGCCUGUCCACUUCCAGGACCCCUGCGUCAAGAUCUCCAAACCCAAUUCAGUUUGGGAACAGGAGCAGAAGGAAGGGGGAGGAUUCCUAGACGUCCGGAUUGGGGCUCCUUUCCAAAGCCAAUGUGAAAGAUGACUGGACUAAGAGGACGCUGUGAGGUGGGAGAGGGCUGCUGAUCCUUGAGGGAAAAAUAAUCUACUAUUCCAGGUGGCAUUAGGGGCUCUCCACCCCCUCCUAGCCACUCACCACACUGUCCCAGGCCUGAGCUUCCAGCAGUCGACUUCUGCAGCUCACCUAGUUUCUCCUAUGAUUAGGGUGUUCGUCCUGGCCUGCCACUCUGGCCUAAAGCCUAGUGACAGAGCAGACCAUUCCCUGAGGUGGAAGACAUCAAAAAGCCGAGAGGCUGCACCCAGGCCGCUGGCCCCCAGAUCCCUGCAGGAAAUGCCUGUGGAGUGCGGCAGCUUGGCAAAGUCUACAGCACGCUUAAAUCAAGCUUGGAUUUGCUCAGCGGAGCGGCGGAGCAGCAGAGCAGCAGGCCUGGCCAGCGGUCCCCAGCUAUGAGGGGCUUGAGCCCCCCCAAGCACCCAGUUCCCACGCCGCGCUCUGCCCUUCGUCACCCCAGAACUGAGCUUGGAAGCUUCCAGCGACCUUCCAAGAGCUCGAGAGUGAUUUGGAAUUAUUUUAAAAGAUAAAUAUUAUAUUAUAUAUAUAUAUUUCCCUGAAAGAACCAAAGCAAAUUUUAAAAGAUGCAAUGUAGAGGGGGAGAAAAGAUGAAGAAAAUAUUUAAAGGCUCUAUCUGUUUACAGUGUUCCAUGGUUAAACUCACUCACUGCUAAAAAUAUUUGAAUGUACGCUUCAUACAGGGAUGGUGUUCAAAAGACUUGUAAAUAAAGGAACUAUAA